AUGUUUCGAAAACUCAUCAAGAAAAAUGUGGAUCGAUACUUUUCAGCAGCAAGCAAAGCCGACAAGACCACGCUGAUUGUUGCCAUCGUGGAAAAGAUUCGCCAAAGAGGAGGCCUAUUUGUCAAAAACGACAACGGAAAGAACUGGUACGAUAUUGGAAAUCGCCAGGCUCGAGAAAAAGUAGGCCAUUCUCUCCGAGAUCAGGUUGCGAGUAUGGUAAAAAACAAACGGCAAAAUCAUAUGUCCACCAGCGGGAGUCGAGAACAUGAUCUUUCACCAAUCCCAUUCGAUGUACCUUCCAGCAUCAAGACUCCAGAGCUUGGCCCACCGUUCAACUCUGGCCUCCAAUCUACUGCUGAUCGCGACUCGCCGACACUCGCCGAUACCCAUCGCUUUCUUGCAAACGCUGAGCAAGAUUUUCUGGAUCCCAUUCCAAUCACCGAUAAUUUCUACAACUUGGACUAUGACACACGUGUUGAGUUCCAUGUUCCUUGUUGCAGGAUGAACAGACUACAGUCUCCCCACAACAACAUCACUCCUGCUUCGCGCAGUGGUGUUAGAGAAUCAGUUCCUUCCAAAGAUUAUUAUCUGGCAAAUGGAGACUACCCUUUUAGCCUCCCAAGCUUCAAACAUCCUACAUUCAAUUUUUCUGCCAUCAAGGACCUUGAACCGUUCGACAUCUUCUACAAGCACUCUUCAGUAGGCCACUACAGCGAAGUUAUUUAG